AUGAUUAAUCCCAAGCACGCUGUGUUUCGGCUACUUCGUCCGCACUGGAAGAAAACCCUAGCAGUGAAUGGAGCUGCCCGGAGCACGCUUGUUCCUUCUGUGAUUCUCCCUAUAAUCGGGCUUCCGCAGAAAGAAGGCCUCCAUUUCAUCCGCUACGAAUAUGAGAACUUCAACUUCCAGGGGAGCUACGUACCAGCAGAUCUCAACACACGAGGGUUUCCUCCAAACGAACUCCACACCGACAAGUUUCGUAACUAUACAUAUGCUAGAUGCAUCAAUAGCCUAUGGAAUAAGAUCAGGGAAUAUGUGGAAGGCAUGCUUUCUCUAGCCUACCCAGGUACUGAAGCCGCCGCCAAUCAACAAGUCCAGAACGACAAAGAUAUUCAGAAUUGGUCUGAGGAGAUGCGGUCUACUAAUGGUGCUAACUUGAAAUACUUCCCGACUAUUAACACGCUUAAGGAUCUAGUCGACUGCGUGACCAUGUGUAUUCACCUCGCAUCGCCACAGCAUACAGCUGUCAAUUAUCUACAAGACUACUACCAAAUCUUUGUGAUCAACAAACCUCCUUGUCUUUUCACUAAGCCUCCAACUUCUCUAGAGAGCCUGCUCUGCUAUACCGAAGCUGACGUCGUCAAAGCGCUACCUAUGAAUCAUAGUCUUGAAUGGCUUCUAGCCUCACAUGUUCCAUACCUCCUCAACUUCAAACCGAAUCCAGAUAACGAAACGCUAAUUGCGUAUGCACAUUCGACGUGGAAUAUUUAUAAUAAGAAGCCUAAGCCUCGCUCAGAUAUGGAUGAGCAAAUCUACAAUGUGCUCAAGAAAUUCUACGAUGCGCUUCAGGAGAGCGCUGCCGAAUUUGAAAAUUACUCUGGGAAGAAAUCUGACGGCAUCCCGUACAACGUGUUGAAACCAGAUUGGAAUGCAAUGUCGAUUGUUAUUUAA